AUGUACCAGACGCCGGAUCCACGAGGGAUGCCCCAGCCGCCUCCACCACCGGCCCCUCAGGUCGUCGAGCAAGAGUGUGCGCCAGUCGAGCCACCUCUUCCUGUUCAUGAGCCGAUGGACACGUCGCCUACCGCGUCCACGUCCUGCCAAUCACCGCAAGCGCCCAUGACGCCGCCGACGCUCCCUCCAUCAGCUCCGAUGACCCCGCCUGUUCCAUCACGCGCACCCUCUCCCCCUGUUUACCCGGCGUGCAUGCUACGCAAGCAGGAGUCGCCAGUGCCGCUCCCGCCAGUGCCGCCCCAAUGCGAGUUACCGCCAAACGACGAUCUCUACGCACACAACCAAUACAACGCACUGCCACCCACUCAGACGACCUAUCCGAUGCCACCGAUGCCCAACGGGUGGCCUCCGAUGCCACUCAUCUCGUUUGAACAGGCAUGCCUGAUGGCAAGCGCCUUCCCUUACUUGCCAUGGUGGAACGCUAUGCUCGCUCUCGCUUCAUGCCCGCCCGUACCACCGCCAGCACCGCCCACCCAGGAGCAACACUCCGCGCCAACCGUACCUCCAUGGGACAUGCCCGCACCCGUCGGCUACGGCGGUCAGCAGCCUGGCUUCGAGCAGUUCAUGGCGAACAUCACGAACUGUCCGACGGCGUGGGGUGUACCUCCAGUACCGCCUAUGCCGCCUGUCCCUCAGCCGGAGGUGCCUCUCGCUAACGAGACGUGCGGGGCCGCGUCAUUACCGUCUGAUGACUUCAGCCAGCUGCUGCUGGAUAGCAUGCUCGUCGAGAACAUGCCCUGCUCGAUGGACCCCAUGACGUGGGAGUCAUCGCCAGAGUCAUCUUCAAGCGACGCAUCGCUCUCGCCGCUGUGCUCAUCCUCGUCUUCGCUUGACACAUCGUGCCCUUCCCUCUGCACGCCAGGCGCCUCGCCGGGCAUCGAGUCCUUCGAGUCCGACAACUUCUUCGGCAUGCCCCCGUCGGAGCCAUCGGGCCUACCCGACAUGAGCAUCGACUUCUCUGCCUGGGACCUCUCAUUACCGUGCGAGGACGAACAACAGCAGAUAGACGCACAGGGCAUGUUCCAGCCAUUCCUGCCGCGACCAGAUAACUGGCUCUCACCGGAAUUCGCAUGA